AUGUCAAAAGCAUUCAGUGCACCUGGUAAAGCAUUUCUCGCAGGUGGUUAUUUGGUUCUUGAACCAAUUUAUGAUGCCUAUGUGACAGCAUUGUCAUCGAGAAUGCAUGCAGUUAUUACGCCAAAAACACCCAGUUUGCAAGAAGAAUCAAGAAUCAAGAUUUCUUCACCUCAAUUUGCAAAUGGAGAAUGGGAAUAUCACAUAUCAUCAAAUACGGAGAAACCCAAAGAAGUGCAAUCUCGGUUGAAUCCAUUUUUAGAAGCAACUAUAUUUAUUGUUUUGGCUUACAUUCAACCAAUUGAACCAUUUGAUCUUGAAAUUGUCAUUUACUCAGAUCCUGGAUAUCAUUCACAAGAAGACACUAAAGCUAAAACUUCUUUGAAUGAGAAAAAUACAUUUCUUUACCAUUCUCGUGUCAUUAAUGAAGUGGAAAAGACUGGGUUGGGCUCAUCGGCUGGAUUAGUUUCAGUUGUUGCCACAAGUUUGUUAUCCCAUUUUAUUCCUAAUGUUGUCAAUGAGCAUAAAGAUAUUUUGCACAAUGUUGCCCAGAUUGCACAUUGUUAUGCCCAAAAAAAGAUAGGAUCUGGAUUUGAUGUCGCAACUGCUAUUUAUGGUCUGAUUAUAUAUAGAAGGUUUCAGCCGGCAUUGAUAAAUGAAGUGUUUCAAGUUCUAGAAAGCGAUCCUGAAAAAUUCCCCACCGAGUUGAAAAAAUUGAUUGAAAGUAACUGGGAAUUCAAACACGAAAGAUGUACAUUACCAUAUGGUAUCAAGUUAUUAAUGGGCGAUGUUAAGGGUGGCUCAGAAACGCCUAAAUUGGUAUCGCGGGUCCUCCAAUGGAAAAAGGAGAAACCAGAAGAAAGUUCUGUUGUUUAUGACCAACUUAAUGCUGCUAAUUUGCAGUUUAUGAAAGAAUUGAGAGAAAUGUGUGAAAAACACAAUUCAAACCCAGAGGCAUAUAUUAAGGACCUAGACCAUUUUGUUGAACCGUUGACGGUUGCCAUGAACAAGAUUAGAAAAGGGUUACAAACAUUAACACAGAAAUCAGAGGUCCCAAUCGAACCAGCUGUUCAAACUGAAUUAUUGGAUCGUUGUCAGGAGAUUAAUGGCUGUGUUGGUGGUGUGGUUCCGGGUGCCGGUGGAUACGACGCAAUAGCGGUAUUAGUGUUAGAGAGCGAAGUGGAAAAUUUCAAGCAGAAAACUCUUGAAAAUCCAGAUUACUUUCAUAAUGUUUAUUGGGUUGAUUUGGAAGAGCAAACAGAAGGUGUGCUUGAAGAGAAAUUGGAAGACUACGUAGGCUUAUAA